AUGGGAAAGGGUCGUCGUAUGAAGAAGCAGGGCCCUCCAGCCCCAUUGGAUGAGUCCAAGAUCAGAGCGCUUAAGCAGCAAAAGGCAGGCAAUGCAGGUUCUAAAGCAGAAUCGGGCAAGAAGCGGAGAAGGGCUGAGGUGGAUGAGGAGGACACGGUGAAGGAUGUGCCCAAGAAGAAGGUCAACGGCGUUGCCAAUGGCAAGGAAACAAAGAGCUUGGGUGCCGCGAACCAGAAGAAGGGCGACAAGUCUAAGAGCAAGCCCGCAGAGAAGCCGAAAUUUAUGGAAUCGGACGAUGAAGAAAUGUCGGAUGACGAUGACGAAGAAAUGGUAGACGACGAAUUUGGUGAUCUGGAAGGUGUUAGCGAUGGUUCAAUGGACAGCCAAGAUGAAAACGCCUCGGAUUGGGAAGAUGAUGACUCGGUUAUGGACUCUGACGAGGAAGACCAUCCCCGGGAAGCGAUGUUCUCCGACGACGACGAUUCCGACGCAGAAGAGAAGCUGACAGCGGCAAACAUUGAGGGAUUGUCGCGGAAGCUGGACGAAGCUAAAGAGCUGGAGGAUGAAGAGGCAGAACAGGAAUUGCAGGAGGCGGCCAUGCAGACCAACAUUGCUGGUGACCGACCGGAUGUGUUCACAGAUGGUCAAGGACAGCCAGGCCUGGCCCCCGAUUUGCAACUGCUCCGAACCCGGAUCACAGACACCAUUCGUAUCUUGGGAGACCUGAAGACACUAGGACAGGCCGACAAGUCGCGUGCCGAUUACGUUGAGCUCUUGUUGAGCGAUAUCUGCACAUACUACGGAUACACACCGUUCCUUGCAGAGAAGCUGUUCAACCUUUUCACCCCUAUGGAAGCAUUCGCUUUCUUCGAGGCUAACGAAACCCCGCGUCCCGUUGUCAUCCGUACCAAUACCUUGCGCACCAACAGAAGAUCUCUCGCCCAGGCCCUUAUCAACCGUGGUGUUGUACUCGAGCCCGUCGGAAAAUGGUCUAAGGUUGGUCUUCAAGUUUUCGAGUCGGCUGUUCCCCUUGGUGCCACUCCGGAAUACCUGGCCGGUCACUACAUUCUCCAAGCCGCAUCUUCCUUCCUCCCCGUCAUGGCAUUGGCACCUCAGGCCGACGAGCGGGUUCUUGAUAUGGCAUCUGCUCCCGGUGGUAAAACUACCUACAUCUCUGCACUGAUGCGCAACACCGGUUGCGUGAUCGCAAACGAUGCCAGCAAGCCUCGUGCCAAGGGUCUUAUCGGUAACAUCCACCGUCUCGGCUGCAAGAACACAAUCGUGACCCAUCUCGACGCCCGUACAGCGUUCCCCAAGGCUCUUGGUGGAUUCGACAGAGUGUUGCUGGAUGCCCCCUGUACCGGUACUGGUGUCAUUUCCAAGGACCCUGGUGUGAAGACAUCCAAGAACGAGCGUGACUUCCUCGCCAUCCCGCACAUGCAGCGUCAACUUCUGCUGGCGGCCAUCGACUCGGUUGACCACACUUCCAAGACUGGUGGUUACGUUGUGUACUCGACCUGUAGUGUGACAGUGGAGGAAAACGAGGCUGUUGUGCAGUACAUUCUGCGCAAGCGCCCUAAUGUCAAGAUCGUCGACACUGGCCUUGGCGACUUCGGAAGCGAAGGUUUCACAAACUACAUGGGCAAGAAAUUCGACCCUAAGAUGACCAUGACCCGUCGCUACUUCCCCCACCGAGAGAACGUCGACGGUUUCUUCGUCUGCAAGCUGAAGAAGACUGGCCCCAGCCCAGCUGAUAAGGCGGCCACCGACGGUGCUGCCUCUGGCAACGUUUCCGCUAAGACCGCCAACUCUACCCCCUCAGCCGACACUGACGACGAGUCUAUCGACAAGACCCCCAUAGCUGACGAUGAAGGUGCCGUCCCUGGAGACGACGGCACAUUCGGGCCUUUCGAAGAUGACGAGGAGGACCGAGAACGUAUCGCAAAGGCAGAGCGCAACCGCCUCCGUCGCAAGGGUCUCAACCCCAAGGGAGUUCUGAACAAGCCUAAGAAGGUUAAGUCUUCGGAGACCACCACCACCACCACCCCGGAGCAGGACAAGCAAGUCGAGAAGAAGACAAAGCCUGAAGAAAAAGAAAAGAAGCCAACCAAGGACACUAAGUCCACCCUGGCACCUAAGGGCGAGAAGAAGACCACGACAACAAAGAAGACCCCCGAAGAGCCUAAGGGAGGUGAAGAACCCCCCAAGAAGAAGAAGAAGCAGGCCGAUAGCCCCGGGAAGAAGGCUAAGAAGGCCUCCAAGUGA